AUGAACACCUCUCUCUCGCAAGCUCUCUCUCUCUCUCUCUCUCUCUCUCUCUCUCUCUCUCUCUCUCUCUCUCUCUCUCUCUCUCUCUCAAACUCUCUCUCUCUCUCUCUCUCUCUCUCUCUCUCAAACUCUCUCUCUCUCAAACUCUCUCUCUCUCAAACUCUCUCAAACUCUCUCUCAAACUCUCUCAAACUCUCAAACUCUCAAACUCUCUCUCUCUCAAACUCUCUCUCUCUCAAACUCUCUCUCUCUCAAACUCUCUCUCUCUCAAACUCUCUCUCUCUCAAACUCUCACCCUCUCUUCUAUUUUGCAAAAGGGCGGUGCUGGUGCUCAUUGAGGACGUGGUGCAGGGUGUUGCUGGGCAUCACCACGUCUUGAGCAUUGUGCUUUUGCUCGUCGGCCGUUUGUGCCGCUUGUGGCCCGUGUGCCCGGGCGUGAUGGCUGCGCCGUCCCCUGCGCCAACAAAUCCUGAUACGGCUGUCAUCAAGGAGGAAGCAACCGCGGCCUCGGAAUCGAAUGCAGCCCCAUCGAGCAGCAAUGUAAACGCCGGUUCGGCCCGCUAUCCCCUGCCGGAAAUUGGUCAUUCACUGCCUGUGCGCUGGACAGAUGGCACGGAACACGACGCCACGGUGGUGUUUUCCCGAGUCAAGGGAAACAAGCACGCUUUCUAUGUCCACUAUGACGGCGUGGACCGGCGGAUGGAUGAAUGGGUGGAUGUAUCUCGACUCAAUCUUGAGGCAUACGCAAAGCGCCUGCGCGACACACCAGCGGCUGCCCAGGCGGCCAGUACUGCGGCCAGUGCAGGUGUGACAGACGAC